GAAGUCACAGGUGAUCGCUCUCUCCCUCUCUCUCUCUAUCAAUGUCGAGCACGGGGUUAACGAUCUUCGACGGUGCGGUACUCAGAUCCAUCGAUCUCAACCUUCCGGAGCUCGAUCACGGCGUCACCGGAUCGCAGCUUCUCGAACUCUCCGAAUCCAAGGUCUCUGAAUCUCUCUCGGGGCUCUCGCUUCCUCCACACAUCAAAGAAGCUGCGAUCUCGCGAGUCUCCGCGGGGGGUGAUGACGUCAGCUUCCGACGUACUGAGUUAAAUAGAGAACAAGCGACUGAGAAAUUUGGAGUGUUCGUCUCCGCUGUUGCUGAUGCUCUUACAGAUACUCCAGUUGUGGUCUCAAUUUUGGAUGGGAGUACAUUGAAGCUGAUUUUGGAGGAUGAGGAUGAUUUUGCAAUGUUGGCAGAGCAUCUCUUCACUGAUUUGGAUGAAAAAGAUAAAGGAAAGCUUCCCAAGAGCCAGCUUCGAAAAGCUCUUUCACUCAUGGGUGUUGACAUGGGUGUCCCUCCAUUAUCAGAUUUUCCCAUUCUUGAUGACAUCAUUAAGAAGCACAACGCUGAUGGCGAUGAAGAGCUAGGACAAGCACAGUUUGCAGAGCUACUACAGCCAAUUCUACAAGAAAUAUCAGAUGUCCUUCAUGAGAAACCAAUAACCAUUGUCCAGAACGUCGAGAUCUUCAAUGGUUCAAGGAUUCGUAAGGUUCUAGCAGACGAGAAGACACUCAAGUGUCUCGUAGAGAAAACAGUUCUUGAAGACUCAAACGGGAAAGACAACCAAGGACGAGCAGAUCUUAUAAAGACUUUGAUAAUGAAGAACGGGAAAGAGUUGGGUUUGCCUCCGGUAUCUUCAGAGAACGAAUCAGUGGCUCUUCUCUACGAGACAAUACAAUCUCAGUUGAAUAAGAGAGAUAAAGAACCCUCUGAUGCAUCCACAGAAGAGGAGUUUAUGGAUGCUUUAAAAGAUGUACUCACGAAAUUUGCGGCGAUGCUUGAAUCCACACCGGUAUAUUCUACUACCAAUCUCUAGAUUCUCGUAAUGUUUUGAGUUAUAUUAUUGUAUAUGUGAGAAUUUGAGUCGCACCCUGGUUAUCUCUGUGAUUUGGUUUGAUUGAAAUUAUUGCUGAAUAUGGAUGAUAAAUGAUUUCAGCAGCUGAGUGUUGGCUACUUUUGGAAUUUCUUUAGAUGUAUAUAUUGAAAUUAUGUCAUAAUAUAGAUCCAUAACCA